UUGAAUGGUUUACCGUGAUUGAUUUAAAAGAUGCCUUUUUCUGCAUCCCACUGGCACUUGAAAGUAGGAAAUAUUUUGCAUUCGAAUGGGAAAAUCCAGACACAGGACGAAGAAGGCAGCUGACUUGGAGCCGACUACCACAGGGAUUCAAGAACUCCCCUACCAUUUUUGGAAACCAACUAGCUCGGGAACUAGAAGAGUGGAAGACAACCCAGGUAACAGUACCAAGCAUGUUCUAUGUGGUUCUCCAAUAUGUGGAUGAUAUUUUCCUAGCAGCUACAGAACGAGACAUCUGCUCCCAAUUAACCAUAAGCCUUCUGAACAUGCUGGGACAAGGAGGAUAUCGAGUUUCGCGAGACAAAGCACAGCUGGAUGCACCGAUCGAUAGCCCAGACUGGGAGUUGUUCACCGACGGGUCCAGCUUUGUCGAGAACGGCACCAGGUAUGCGGGUUAUGCGGUAGUCACAACUCUUCAAGUAAUAGAAGCAAAGGCUCUUCCCCCUGGAACCUCGGCUCAAAAAGCAGAAAUUAGAGCCUUAACUCGAGCCCUCGAAUUGAGCAAAGGAAAGAGGGUCAAUGUUUGGACUGAUUCAAAAUAUGCCUUUGGGGUGGUGCAUGUACAUGGAGCUCUGUGGAAAGAGCGGGGAUUGUUAACGUCUCAAGGGUCAACAAUAAAACAUAGGGACGAGAUCCUACUCCUGUUAGAGGCUGUAAGAGAACCCGAGGCAGUAGCAGUAAUGCAUGUGCCAGGACACCGAAGAGAAGAUGGAAAGAUAUACCAAGGUAAUCGAUUGGCAGAUAAAACGGCUAAAAGAGUAGCGAAGGAAAUAAGGAUUCAAUCAGCUCUUAUUCCAGCUAAGGGAAAUCCGGCGGAUUCCUACAUGAAAGAUGAGCCUCCAUACCUACCAGAUGACGUGAAGUUGGCCCACCUGGUGAAAGCUCAGAAGAAUGACAAAGGGCGGUAUGUAACAGCAACCGGGCAGGUAGUAGUACCUGCGAAGAUAAUGCGAGCAAUCUUGGAGACUGAACAUUACAAGUGCCACUGGGGAGCGGAGGCCUUGGUAAAAUUUUUAAAGAAUGAGGUAAUCUCUAAUCAGAUGUUAACAAUGGCAAAGCGGGUUAAUGCAACCUGUCCCACUUGUGUGAAAAAUAAUCCCCUAGUGCGAAAACAGGUUCAGAUGGGAGGGUUAAAGGUAGGCCCACAGCCCGGAGACUACUGGCAAAUAGACUUUUCGGAGCUGCCUAAAGCCCAAGAGAACCCAGUUCAUGACAUCUCGCCGGGAGACCAUGUGUACGUGAGAAAUUGGAGCGUGGAGCCUCUGAAGGAGUCAUGGAAUGGCCCCUACCAAGUGCUGAUGACCACGUAUACCUCCGUCAAGGUCGCUGGGAUUGAUAACUGGAUACACUACACCAGGGUGAAGAAGGUACCGACGAGAUGGGAGGUGCAGCCCAUAACGGACACCCGGAUGGUAUUCCGAACAAAGCCCUGA